GUACAAGUAAAAAUUUGCCCAUCAUGUCAACAGACUCUGUGGAAAUUGAUGAUGGAUUAUACAGUCGACAGAGGUACGUUCUUGGAGAUACAGCAAUGCAGAAGAUGGCAAAGUCCCGUGUUUUCUUAAGCGGUAUGGGUGGUCUUGGUUUGGAAAUAGCAAAGAAUCUUGUUCUUGCAGGGAUUAAAGCACUUACAAUUCAUGAUACAGAGAAAUGCCAACCAUGGGAUUUAGGAACCAACUUCUUUCUCUGUGAAGAUGAUAUUGUUAAUGGAAGAAAUAGGGCUGACGCUGUACUUUGCCAUAUUGCAGAACUAAAUCCAUAUGUUAAUGUAUCAUCAUCUUCUGUUCCUUUCAAUGAAAACACAGAUCUCUCCUUCUUAGAACAAUACCAGUGUGUAGUAUUGACUGAGAUGAAACUUACAUUACAGAUGAAGAUCAAUGACUUUUGCCAUUCUCAUUUCCCUCCAAUUAAGUUCAUUAGUGCAGAUAUACAUGGAAUUUGGUCACGGUUGUUUUGUGAUUUUGGUGAUACAUUUGAAGUUUCAGAUACAACAGGAGAAGAAUCGAAAGAAAUUUUCAUUUCAAACAUAACGCAAGCUGAUCCUGGCAUUGUCACUUGUCUUGAAAAUCAUCCUCACAAACUUGAAACAGGACAGUUUGUAACAUUUCGAGAAAUUUAUGGAAUGACAGGUUUAAAUGGAUCUAUACAACAAAUAACUGUGGUAUCACCAUUUUCUUUUAGUAUUGGUGAUACAACACAACUGGAACCAUAUUUACAUGGAGGUAUAGCUGUACAAGUUAAGACUCCCAAAACAUUUUGCUUUGAACGAUUGGAGAGACAGAUAAAACAUCCCAACUGUCUUAUUGCAGAUUUUAGCAAGCCUGAGGCAUCCUUGCAGAUUCACACUGCUAUGCUUGCUUUGGACCAGUUUCAGGAGAACUACAAUCGCAAGCCAAGUAUUGGAUGUCAGCAAGAUUCCGAAGAACUGUUAAAACUAGCAACAUGUAUAAGUGAAACCUUGGAUGAGAAGGCGGAAGUAAAUGCUAACAUUGUGCACUGGCUCUCUUGGACGGCUCAAGGAUUUUUACCCCCACUUGCUGCAGCAGUAGGUGGUGUUACCAGUCAAGAAGUAUUAAAAUCUGUGACAGGAAAGUUUUCUCCUUUGUGCCAGUGGUUAUAUCUUGAAGCAGCAGAUAUUGUUGAAUCCCUAGGCAAACCUGAUCGUGAAGAAUUUCUCCCACGAGGAGAUAGGUAUGAUGCCUUGCGAGCCUGCAUUGGAGAUACUUUGUGUCAGAAACUACAAAAAUUGAAUAUCUUUUUAGUAGGAUGUGGAGCCAUCGGCUGUGAAAUGUUAAAAAAUUUUGCUUUACUUGGUGUUGGUACCAGCAAAGAAAAAGGAAUGGUUACAAUUACAGAUCCUGACUUGAUAGAAAAAUCCAACUUAAAUAGACAAUUCCUAUUUCGUCCUCAUCACAUACAGAAACCUAAAAGCUAUACUGCUGCUGAUGCAACUAUGAAAAUAAAUCCUCAAUUAAAGAUAGAUGCACACCUGAACAAAGUAUGUCCGGCCACUGAGAUCAUUUACAAUGAUGAGUUUUAUACUAAACAAGAUAUAAUUAUUACAGCAUUAGAUAAUGUGGAAGCCAGGAGAUAUGUAGACAGCCGUUGUGUAGCAAAUCUAAGGCCUCUCUUAGAUUCUGGAACAAUGGGAACCAAGGGACACACUGAAAUUAUUGUACCUCACUUGACUGAAUCUUACAAUAGUCAUCGAGAUCCCCCUGAAGAGGAAAUACCAUUUUGUACUCUAAAAUCCUUUCCAGCUGCUAUUGAACAUACUAUUCAGUGGGCAAGAGAUAAGUUUGAAAGUUCCUUUUCCCAUAAGCCUUCCUUGUUUAACAAAUUUUGGCAAACCUAUCAAUCUGCAGAAGAAGUCUUGAAGAAGAUACAAAAUGGGCAGAGUUUAGAAGGUUGUUUUCAGGUUAUUAAGUUACUUAACAGAAGACCUAGAAAUUGGUUCCAGUGUGUGGAAUUAGCAAGAUUAAAGUUUGAAAAAUAUUUUAAUCAUAAGGCACUUCAGCUUCUUCACUGUUUUCCUCUGGACACACGAUUAAAAGAUGGCAGUUUAUUCUGGCAGUCACCAAAGAGGCCACCUUCUCCAAUAAAAUUUGAUUUAAAUGAACCUUUGCACCUCAGUUUCCUUCAGAAUGCUGCAAAACUAUAUGCUACUAUAUACCGCAUUGCUUUUGCAGAAAAGGACUUGGCAGUAGAUUCCCUCAUGAAUAUUCUUUCACAAGUAAAGAUUCAGGAAUUCAAACCUUCCAACAAGGUUGUCCAAACAGAUGAAACUGCAAGGAAACCUGACCAGGUUCCUAUUAGCAGUGAAGAUGAGAGGAAUGCUGUUUACCAACUAGAAAAGGCUAUUUCAUCUAAUGAAGCAAGCAAAAGUGACCUUCAGAUGGCAGUACUUUCAUUUGAAAAAGAUGAUGAUAGUAAUGGACACAUAGAUUUCAUCACAGCUGCAUCAAAUCUUCGUGCCAAAAUGUAUAGCAUCGAACCAACUGAUCGUUUCAAAACAAAGCGCAUAGCUGGUAAAAUUAUUCCUGCCAUAGCAACAUCUACUGCUGCAGUUUCUGGCUUGGUUGCCUUGGAGAUGAUCAAAGUAACUGGUGGUUAUCCAUUUGAAGCUUACAAAAAUUGUUUUCUUAACUUAGCCAUUCCAGUUAUAGUGUUUACAGAGACAUCUGAAGUAAGAAAAACUGAAAUCAGAAAUGGAAUAUCAUUUACAAUAUGGGACAGAUGGACUGUGCAUGGAAAAGAAGAUUUCACUCUAUUGGAUUUUAUAAAUGCAGUCAAAGAGAAAUAUGGAAUUGAGCCAACAAUGGUGGUACAGGGAGUCAAAAUGCUUUAUGUUCCUGUAAUGCCUGGUCAUGCAAAAAGGUUAAAGCUAACAAUGCACAAACUUGUGAAACCUUCUACUGAAAAAAAGUAUGUGGAUCUCACCGUGUCUUUUGCCCCUGACACUGAUGGAGAUGAAGACUUGCCUGGACCUCCAGUAAGAUACUAUUUCAGUCAUGGCACUGAUUAAUUGAAGUUGUCUUAGUUACUUGAAGACUACUUCAUUUUGCACUUUUUCAGAAGCUAACAAAAAUAAGCUCUUUACUAUGGAUUUUUCCUUGAUGAAGCCUUAAUUUAAGGGAAACAUCAGUAGGAAACUGAAGAAUUACAAGAUAAUCAGAAGUGGAGUAUGUACUUGUCUAAUGCUUCAUGUGGCUAUGAUCACAAGCAACUUGAACUGGAAUACCAUUUUAUAAUGCUUCCAACAAAUUAAGCUCUCAGAUGAAAAGAAGGAAUAAAGUACUUACGUACGACCAGAAGAAAUGAGGAUCAAAAAAAUUGAAAAUAGUUAACUAUUCAAAAAAGUUUAAUAGUAUUUAAUUUCUUUUUUUGUUUGGUAUCUGAGACCCAUUUUUCAAAACAGUGUUUGGUACUCUGCACCUCUUACAUGUCUAAGCUGUGAUAAUUUAAUACCAAUGGGAAAAGGAAAGAGGUACUGGCAGAUGAAAAGUAGAGAUUUUACAUUGUAUAGUUACUGUUUUCUGUCCUGAUACCUUUGUUAGUUUAAGUGUUUCUUAUAUCAUUGUCUCCCCCAAAUCAGAAUUUUUGUUGAUAAUUAUUAGUGUUGUAAGCCAUGAGCAGUAGGUCAGAUAACACAUGUUAACUUGCCCUUAAUGUUAACAGUAUUACAUGGACUCUUGACAACCCUCCUAGAAAAUCUGUGAAUGUGUACAGAUAAAUGUGGCAGUCAUUUAAUUUUUAAAUAUGGCUUCUAAUUUGGCAUUUUAUUUAUUUGGAAUCCUAAACCUGAUUGUAGUACUCAUAAGACUAAAAGGUUUUGUAAAGGGAUUGUCCUUAGAAAUAGAUGAAAAUUAGCAAUUAAAAAAUGAUCACUAGUAGAGUCUUGAUAUUUUUUUUUCUUUUAGCAUCCUAAUAGAAAAUACGUUAGUGGGAAACAUGCCAUUUUAUUCCCCAUUCUUAGAAAGGGAGUUGAUAAAGAUACAAGUUAUUUUUUUAGGUCUUUAAUGAGAGAAACUUUCUGUUUUCUGAUGUGAAUGAUUUGAUAUGAAUGAUUACAAAUCUGAUAUAAGAGCUUUUAUAAAAAAAUGGUGUAAAUUAUAUUCAGUACUGUAAAGGCAAUGAAGACAGCAAGUGAUUAUUGCUAGAGCUGUCAUGCAUCCUAAAACCACUGACACUUCACAACCUCAGGAAGUCAUUUCCCUCCAGCUCUUUGUCUUCUUUCCUGUUCAGACCAUUAAUAAGUAUUUUGAUAAAUCAGAAACCACAUUUACAUCAGUGUUACUACAGUUUGGUACCUUGUAUUACAUACUUACCUUUUCCUUUCCCACUUUUAAAUAAUUUAAAUUAUACUGCCAACCAUGUGAUUUGUAUCCUUUUGUUAAAAAUACCCAGUUGGGAAACAUUUGGGAGUUGAGGGAAAAUUUGUAUAAUUAAAGGAAAAUUUGUUUAUUCACUUAAGAGAUUGGGGAAGGGUGAAGAGGACAAGUUUCAAAGAAAUACGUACCUUAGAAAUAAAUAAUUUUUGUUCAUAAAA